CACGAUGCUGAAGGACAGAUAGCCUGAAGGGAUUUCUUUUUGUAAGGAAAUGGCCGUGUGAUCCGUUUCAACAGCUUUCUGAAGGAUGGCUGCGUCAAACGGGAGAAGUGAAAAAGUGUCCAAAUUUGAGACGCUAAAGCUUCUGGAGAAAUGCAGGAAAGAACGGGACGAUGCCAUCCACAGAGAAGGCACCAUGAAGGAGAAGCUGCGACAGUACGAGGCAAGGCUGCGCUCAACCGAGGCACUGAAGCAGAAGCUGAAGACUUUGACCCUGGACAACAAGGAGCUGAGGAAGCAAGUCAAGGUUCUCCGCACGGAGAUCGGGCUGGAGUCCAGCCCCAAGUUCAACGGCAAGACCACCAAGGACAUCAUCAACGACUUCCACGAAAAGGAGCGCGAGUGCAGCUCGCUGGUGGAGAAAGCGGGGAAACUCAGCCUGACCAUCGACGACCUGACGUCCGAGUUGGCCAACACGGUCACGUCCAAAACUCUUCUGGAAGAUCAGGUCCAGUCCCUGCAGCAGAACCUCAAGGACAUGACCAACAACCAGCGGCGUCUGCUGAAGCUGUGGGAGGACAAGAAGACUCAGAGGGAGCAGCUGGCCUUGCCGUCGAUCGCACAGAAGCCCGGCCAGAAACCGCUGGUCCACAAGGCCGUUCAGACGGAGAUGUCCAUCAGCUCAACGCAGAAGCUUCCGCUCACCGCGUUCGAGAGCAAGUCCUUCUCCAGAGAGAGCGACAAGAAGACUAUUUUGGAUAAGCACAGCUUUGCACCGUAUGGCAACGGCUUUCACCACGAGCGGAAAGCGUUCGUGCACGAUGAGACCAAAGGGAUUCAGAACUGA